AUGAGUGGUUAUCCCCAGGGCUCAUCUCGGGCGUCUCUCUGAGAGGGUUUCAGAGGGUUCAUUUGGGGAUGGCUGACAUAUGCUUUUAUGGACACUGGAGAUUUCCCUUUUGCUCUAACAAUCUGGGGCACAAUCUGGAUUUUCUACACCAGGUGGUGUUCUUGGUCCCUGUCUCAGCUGUCAGUCUCUCUUGCACUCCUCCCUCCUUUUUACUAUCAACUUUAGCUCUCCUGCUUAUAUCUGGCUACUUGGAAUCACUUGGGGAACUUAUUUUUAAAACAUUGAUUUCUUGUUACCACCUCUGGAGAUUCUAAUUCAGUUGGUCAGGGAUUUCUUCCUAAAUGUCUUUGGUGAUUCUGAUGAAAAAAGUUUGAAAUCCACUGACCUGUAGUGUCCAGAGGAGAGGAAACCUCAGAGCAAGGAAGAGCAGUGUCCUGCUUUUUCUUUCUCUCCCUCUCCCACCCUUGACCCCAGAACUGGCUGGGCACGUGCCCAUUAUGCCUGUCUGUGGGGUCAAAGGUUUUAAGAGCUUGGACUGCCCUUUCCUGUGCAUCAUGGAAAAGGCAAAUACACCUAGUAUGUCCCCAGGUCCUUGUAUCCUCUCAUUUCCCGUGAAGAUGUGAGGUUGGGACUGGUGCUCAUUCCUGAUAACUUCUCAACAAACCAGGGUUCUAAUUUGAAGGGUGAGGAGAGCAGGUCAUGGCAAGGGCAGUCUUUUGCUGUGAAUUUGAAGUACCACCACUAAUUAUUAACAUUCAUGAAAAUAUCUAUGAGGAAAUUCAUCCUACUCAUUUGUUUUUCCUGGUAUUGGAGAAACUGAUUAAAAAAAAAAAUCCCUGGUACAUCCUAUAUUUUAUAAGAAAGUGUGAUUAUAACUUUAGUUCUUAAAGGGAAUUUGAUUUUUGUUCCAAAGAUUUUUUUAGCAGCUUUACUGAGAUAUAAUUCACAUGACAAACAAUGCACCCAUUUAAAGUAUACAGUUAAGUGCUGGCAUAUUCACAGAUAUAUGUAACCAUCAGCACAGUCAAUGUGAGAACAUUUUCAUCACCUCCAAAUAAAACCUUGGCACUUCCAGUUGACCAAGAUGGUGGCAUAAGACACUCUAGGGUUCCAUUCCCCCACAGAAUCUUUGAACAGUUAACAAAAACUGGCAGAGCCAUCUUCCUCAAAGUGCCAGAAAAAAGCUAAAGGAUUACCAUAACCAGGCAAGUGCUGAAUCAAGAAAGUGCAGUGUUAAAAACGGUAGGAGCUCUUCCUGUAAAUGGCCCGAGGUGAUCUCUGAAAAUGGUUCGCUAUUCACUUGACCCAGAAAACCCCACAAAAUCAUGCAAAUCAAGAGGUUCAAAUCUUCAUGUUCACUUUAAGAACACUUGAUGGCUCAGGCCAUCAAGGGUAUGCAUAUUUCAAAAGCCACCAAGUAUCUGAAAGAUGUCAUUUUACAGAAGCAGUGUGUGCCGUUCCGUUGUGACAGUGAUGGUGUUGGUAGGUGUGCCUGGGCCAAACAGUGGGGCUGGAUGCAGGGUUGGUGGCCCAAAAAGAGUACUGAAUUUUUGUUGUACAUGCUUAAAAGUGCAGAAAGUAAUGCUGACCUUAAGGGUUUAGAUGUGGAUUCUCUGGUCAUUGAGCACAUCCAGGUAAAUAAAGUCCCCAAGAUGCACCGUCGUGCUUUCAGAGCUCAUGAUCGGGUUAACCCCUACAUGAAUUCUCCCUGCCACAGUGAGAUGAUCCUUACUGAGAAAGAACAAAUUGUUCCUAAACCAAAAGAGGAGGUUGCACAGAAGAAAAAGAUAUCUCAGAAGAAACUGAAGAAAUAGAAACUUAUGGCUCGGGAAUAAAUUCAUCAUAAAGUAAAUGCAAAUUGAAGUUAAAGCAGAAUAUUGGUUGUCUUAUUAAAUAUGUUAAAUAUUAAAAAACAAAACAAAACAAAAAAAACAGUAGGAGAAGCUUGUGGUGCCCUUGCUGGCCCCUCACCAACCCUGUUGCAGUGUGGAGCUAGCCUGCCCCAUUCCAGAAGGAACAGAAUAACCCUUAGACACAUAUUGGGUUGCCUGUACGUAGGUUCCAGUCUAUCAUGUGGCAGCCUGAAAGACUGAACCAGGAAACUCAUCUCUGGUUCACCCUCCCAGAACUUGGCCUGCUGGCAGAAGCAGCUUAAGGACAGAUAAAGCAAGGUAAGAAACAAUUAAAUCAAAGCAAUGUGAGUCAAAGGAGUACCUGCUUUUAAGAUAUACAAUAAAGCACAUGGGAAGGGGGAAAGUCUAUUUUAUAGGGAGUCAAGAAGGCAUUUGAAUUCCUGUAAAUGGGAGAAUUCCUAAGACCAAGAGCAAGGACAAAUACAGGACAAGACAUACAAUCAAAAACGACAGAGAGUACUUGGUACUUCACUUUGCCUCAGGCUGAUAUUCUUGAUAGGAGGGCUAACUUUUGAAUGAGAGCAUUAGUCAAUACAGAGUCAAUUUGCAAAGACUGUAAAAGAUGUUUUUUAUGUUAGUUUCUUUUUGUUAGCUCCUGGCACUCAAGGAAAUCCCCCUCAUAUAGCAAGUUGGAUACAAACCCAAGGAACACACAGCUCGGUGACUCCCAGAGCUAACAAAUUAAAAUAUUAAAAUGUACAGUAUGCAACAAAAGAUUACAGGACAAAGAAAUGAAUGAUAACCCAUCCCAAAGUAUGAGAUAAAAAUUCAGAAACCACCAAUAAAGACACCAGACUUUGGACAUACUAGUAAUAAAGAGACAGAAAUUUUAAAAAGGAACAGAUAAACUGAAGUUG